AUGAUCCAACUUUUACUUUCAUUAAUUUUUUAUAUCUCAAUAUGUUCAUCAGCACCAUUAAUAAUCAAAACUGUUGUUGUCACUGCCCCCAUGGAAUAUGUUACUGUUACCGUUGGUUAUACUCCAUCUCCUACUUCUACACAAAUUCCUACAACUCCAGAGACAAUUUUAGUUCAACCUACCAGCUUAAAUUUAUUUGAUGCUAUACAAUCUGUACAAUCCGAGUUCUUUAAUUCCAAAUCUCGAUAUUCAGUAGUACUUGAAACAGUUACAGCACCAAUAUCAUCUCAAUAUCAAUCAUCAACAACUACAAAUCCAUCAACUUCAACCCCGUCACUGUCAUUUUCAACAUCAACUUUACAACCAAUUCCAUCCUCAUCAUCAAUAAAUUUACAAAUAGUGUCACCUUCACUAUCAUCAAUAUAUACUUUUUCUACCUCAACAACCUCAUCUUUAAUCACCUCAUCCUCAGCAAGCUCAUCUUCAGCAAGCUCAUCUUCACCAAGCUCAUCUUCACCAAGCUCAUCUUCACCAAGCUCAUCUUCACCACCACCAACAGAAACAUCUCAAUCUAAUCCAAUUCUUUCUAAAGUAGUUUCUUCAACUCCUCAAUCUGGUUAUUCGUACAUGUCCACCAUUAACAGAUUAUGGCAAAGAUUUUGGCAAAACGGUAAAUGGAAUCAAAAUGAUGUUAUUUGUGAAAAUGCUUCAUAUGUCACUCCACCUCUUUGGAGUUUGGCUGUUUUAGGUAAAGCUAUAACAAAUACGGGUGACUCGAGUGGUAUCAACACAGUUAUAAAUAGUAUUUUAGAUUAUCAUGAUCAAGCAACUGGUGCAUUUAGUGAUCAGCCAAAAACUGGAACAUUUUACACUGACGAUAAUGCUCAACUAAUGUGGGUUUUCACUGAUGCUUAUAAAAUUACCAAUAAUCAACAAUAUUUAACUUGUGCUGAAGGGAUAAUGAACUACCUCAAAACUCAAAAUUUUGAAAAUACUGGUGGUAUAGUUUGGCAAAAUGAUCAAAAUUAUAUAGCUUCUAUCUCAACUGUUGAAACUGCAUUAGCUGCUGUUAGAUUAUAUGAAGUCAAUGGUGAUGAGUCUUUAAUUGAUUUAGCAAAUAAAUGUAUGAAAUUUAUGUUUGAUCAUUUUCAAGAUCCUAAUGAUAAAUUAUUUUAUGAUGGCUUGGAUAAGACAGCUUUUGCGUCAGUUAAUAAAGGUAAGUUAUCAUAUACUGUUGGUUGUGCUAUCAGUACAUUAUCAAAAUUGUAUAAAUUAAAAAAUGAUAUCAGCGCUUUAACUAAAGCAUUGGAGUUAGCAACUGCUGCAACUAAUAUCAAUGGUGCAUUUUAUACUGGUGAAAAAAUCUGGAAUAAUAGUUUACAAUAUUCACAUUUAUUAUUUGCUGGUUUUGGUGAUGCUUUCCAAUCAAGUUCUCAAUUUGAUCAAUUUAAACCAGAAGUUACAAGACAAGCUAAUUACAUUUAUCAAUUUUUACAAGAUCCACUGGAUUCAAAUCUUUAUUUUGAUUCAAUCAAUGUUGGUACCACAAAUACUUUUAAUAAAUUUGCUCAAACUUUUCAAGUUGAUUCAAAUUAUACUCCAAGUACUAGUAUAUAUUGUAACAACAACCCCAAUGGACCAACAAGUAAAAGCUUUUUAACAAAUGCUAGUGCUGCUCAGAUAUUAUAUCAAUUAGCAAAAUAUUAA